CAGAGAAUUUUAUUUUCAAUUGUACAAAUCACAACGUAAACAGCCGGAAAAUGUCGCGACAAGCCUCCCGUUUGGACGCCAAGAAAGUGUAAGUGUGUGUGUGUGUGUGUUGAGGGCUUGAGGUUGAGACACGACACAGACAGGCACAAAUCGCCGAGCAAUCGGGCAAUGGAAAACCAUUUCAGCGCCACCAGCCGCCCCUCAGCCACGCCCAGAAUGUGCACCACCGCCUCCGCCGUCGGUGCCGCCGCUGCCGCCACCACCAACAACAAUAGCAGCAGCAGCAGUAACAACAACAACAAUGCCACAACCGGCAACAAUUUGAAUGUAAAUACUGCAGCCGGAGGAGCCACAAAUGCCACAGCAACGGCCCAACCCAUCCAAGUGAUACCCAUGCCCAUGCUGCCCGCCGGAGCAGCCCAAAUCAUAAUUGGUCAGCAGCCACAGGGUCAGACUGGGGCGACAGGCCUUCAGCCUCAAUUGAUACCGCUGCAGGCCAACCAGAUCAUGCUACAGGCUGCGCAGCAGCAGCCACAGAUGCAGGUGAUGCAGCUGCCCGAUGGCCAGACCAUAUUCUAUCAGACGCCCACCAUUGCCGCCUUGGAUCCGAAUGCAGCGGCCAACGCUGCAGCUGCUAUGGCAGCCCAGCCGGCGCCGCACUAUCUCAACAUUAACGGGCAGCUGGUGCAAAUCAAUCCAGCACCGAGCGCAAAUCAGUCGGCACCCACAGCUGGGCAACAGAUCAUCAUGGUGCCGCAGACAGCGAUGGCAGCGGUGAAUGCAGCGGCCGCCAAUGCCGGAGUAGGCGCGGGAGUUGGCACAGUGGUCACCCAACAGCAGCAGCAGCAUCAGCAAGUACAAUCCCAGGCCCAAAACCAGCAGCAGCAGCAACAGCAGACGGCGGCGGCGGUGGCGGCCAGUGCUGCAGUCAAUAAUAUAAGCGCUGAUGUCAGCACAAGUACCACUGGAACGAAUACGAACAGCGAGGACGAGAGCUCCAAAGGCGAGGCGGAUGAGGAGCCGCUCUAUGUGAAUGCCAAGCAGUACAAACGUAUCCUCAUUCGGCGGCAGGCCAGGGCCAAGCUGGAGUCCCGCAUUCCCAAGGAGCGCUGCAAGUAUCUGCACGAAUCUCGCCAUCGCCACGCCAUGAAUCGAGCUCGUGGCGAGGGUGGUCGCUUCCAUUCGGCGCAGGAGAAGGGCGAUCAGGACUCGUCCGGUCCGGAAGGCGGCAGCAUGCCAAUGACGCCCAGUGGCGGCGUCACCCUCAGCCGAGGCACGGCCCGCGCUCCACCGAAACUAAUCGCGCCACAUCAAACGCCAAGCAUUACCAUAACAGCGAUAAAAUCGGAAUAAUCGCCUCCUAGCUGUAGAUACAAACUAGACUAGAUCGUAGUUUUUAGUACUAAGCCAAACGCUCUGUGUCCUCUUGUCCUCAAACACACCACUUUAAUUCGGCUCACAUGGUUCAUUUCCAAAUUAAGCCUUUUCGUAUAUUAUUUUCCAAGUGGAACUUUAUUACAUUAU